GAUGCCUUCACGACCACUCUGGCAGUGGCUUUAGGAGUGACUGACUCGUCCGUCAAUAUCACCGCUACGAGUGAGGGGUCGGUGAAAGCCUAUUUGGCCAUUACUUCUAGCACGUCCGAACUGAUGACCGAGAAGGUAACCGCCGGCGAUGCAACAAUCACUGACAUAGGCGUUAUGUCCGUUACUAAAAAUGAAGACGUUAUCAUAAAUCCAGCAUAUGCCAGCACCACCCCAGGUGCGUUUGUGUAUCAUCACUAUCGGUUAACUUUUUGGGCUGUAAACAUAUGGAAGGAAUAA